AUGGGUUCUGGUGGGCACGGGCGCAUAGGGAGUGGCCGGCGAGGGAGAGCACCGGCAGCGGCACAGGGAGAGGGAGGGCGACAGGCACAGGGAGAGGGAGGGCGACAGGCGCAGGGAAAGGUUGGCGAGUGGAGGUCAUGGGCGGCGCAACGUAGCGGGGGCCAAAGGAGCUAUAGGCGGCGAGGUUGGCGGCGAGCUACGGGCGGCGGGGUUGGGGCCAGCGGGUGCUACGGCGACGGGAAGGGCUGCAGGCGGGGGCUAGGGAGGAGCUGCAGCAGCGGGGCCAACGAGGGUCAGGGCUGGAGGGCGUCAGCAGCGCCGGAGGCCGGUAAGCGACGGGGCCCGGGCUCGUACUGA